UAAUAUAAAUAUUUUUCAAUUCUUCGUAAUUAUUUAUAAUUUUGUAUUCGAAUUUAUAUGUUGUUAAAAAGCGACAACUAGUGGAACUAAUUUCAACUACAUUUUGUGUCGUAAAUCUUGAUUCAAAAUCACUGAAGUUAAUAAAAUGGUUUCGUUACAGGUUAGGAUGUCUUAUGUUUAUAUACAUAUAAAUACAUAAAUAUUUGAUUCUAAAUAUAUAAAUUUUACGUUAAUUAAAUGAUUAUUUGAGAAUAUUUUUAUAUAUUUUGAUAAAUGGAGUGCAACGAAGAAGAUUGGUCGAUAGAAUGUUCAGAUGAUGAGAAAUAUGAAAUAGAUGGAAAGAAUGAAUGGAAUUUGAAACCUGAUGAUAUAUUAACAUUAAUUGAAGCUCUUGAAGCUAAUAACAGAGUUUCAGAACUCGAAUGGAAGUGUCCUGGUAGAAGAGGUCCAUCACCUGUUCCUUCAAACAAUCGGCAACAAGAUAACGGCUCACAAGAAUACAAGGCAGAAGAAAAAUCAGAUUUUGAUUUUAUGGAUGAAAUGUCAUCACCAAGAUUACCAGUUCGUAGAACUGGAGAAAGUACUCCAAAAGGAAGUGCUAAGAAGAAGACUGCUAGCUUUAAUGGUGUACUAUCUACUAUGUUGCGACAUCGUAGGUUAGAGCAACAAGAAAUCAAUUCAAGUCCAAAAAAGAUUGAAUCAUCUGUAUCAAAGACACAACCAAUUUAAAGCUCUUGUAUCAAUUUCAGCAUAAAUGUUUGUAUAUGAAAAUUUUAUGAUUAGUAGAUUGUUUUUUUCUUCAAUAUUUGAAUACAUUUAAAUUUGAUUAUUAAUAUCAAUUUCAAACUCUAAUUAAAAUUAUUUAUAUUAACAUAGUAUUUUUCGCGUUAUUUAAUUAAGUAUGUAGAUAAAUAUUUGUAUCUUUUUUUGCACAAAACAUAUGUGUAUAUAAGUAUUUCAAUACGAGUUACUAUUUUUUAAUUAGACAUGGUUAUGUAUAUUUAUUUAACAAAUAAAUAAAAGAAAAAUAAUACAAAAAUAUAAAAAUUUA